ACGUGUCAUGGACCCGUAGUUGAAUACAUUUAUUGGCGCGUAAUUACGCAUGACGGACCGGUGACGCUCACUUGGAAUUUCACCCUCCUCGCUGUGCAUGCAACCGCGUGCGUGUGCGUGUGUUUCGGGGCGUGGCAUUUUCUGCGAAAGUAAAGCACCCUACACCCUCGCGCACCCCGGUCCCCUCUUGCAUUUCCUCCUCUACUUCAAAACUGCUGUCGGGGGGAGUUGUGUGACACAGCCAGCGCCACAGAUGCCACUUCAGCGCUCCUCAGAUCGGUCGCUGUAGGUGUGAAAACAUCCAGAGGCGACCUGCAGGUUCGUUAAGAUGGCAGAAUCUGCAGCCACUUGUGGAGUAUUCCUGGAUUACAGCAGAGAGACUUGUUUACUCCUCUGGAACUAGAAGUGUUGUGGAUGACUGUCAUCUCUGUGACCAGCCGACAGGUUUUUAGCCCUGAACUACACUUUUUUGCUGAGAUGAAUAUGUUCUACAUCGUAAUUGAAGUAAUAAUUGCUGUUCUCUCCAUAUCCGGCAACGUCCUGGUGUGCUGGGCUGUCGCGAUCAACACCACUUUGAAAAACGCCACCAACUAUUUUCUAGUGUCUCUAGCUGUGGCUGAUAUUCUGGUCGGUUGCCUCGCCAUUCCCUUUGCCAUUACCAUCAGCAUCGGCACUAAUAUGGACUUUUAUGGAUGCCUCUUCCUCGCCUGUUUUGUCUUGGUACUCACUCAGAGCUCCAUCUUUAGUCUUCUUGCCAUUGCGAUUGAUAGAUACCUGGCCGUCAAGAUCCCACUGAGGUACAAAGAGUUGAUGACGGGAAAGACCGCAAGAGAGAUCAUUGCAAUUUUAUGGAUCCUAUCUUUUGUUAUUGGCCUCGUCCCAUUCUUUGGAUGGAACUUGAAGAAAUGUGACAACAGCACCUCUGGAGAGGACAACACUACGAACGCUGGCAUCACAGAGGGGUUGGGGGGCAGAGGACAAUUACUACAUAGCUGCAAGGUCUCAUGCUUAUUUGAAAGGGUCGUAGACAUGAAUUACAUGGUCUACUUCAACUUCUUUGUCUGCGUGCUGCUGCCACUGCUCAUCAUGCUGGGCAUCUACAUAAAUAUCUUCACUGUGGCCAGGAGACAGCUGAGACAGAUUGAGCUCAAGUGUGUAGGCAACGGGGACAGCCAAAACCACGGCCUGCUGCAGAAGGAGAUCCGGGCUGCAAAGUCCCUUUCCAUCAUCGUAGGACUGUUUGCCAUCUGCUGGCUGCCCGUCCACAUCCUCAACUGCCUCACACUGUUUUACAGCAAGCUGCAGAGGCCUGAUGUGGUCAUGUACGUGGCCAUCAUUCUGUCUCAUGCCAACUCUGCGGUCAAUCCCAUCAUCUACGCUUACCGCAUCAAGGACUUCAGAAACACUUUCCGCAAGAUCCUGGCCCAGCACUUUCUGUGCCACAAAGAGGAGCUUUACCUCCGCUCCAAUGGCAGCAGGCGCAACAGAGACCAGAUCCACAUGACCAUCGACCCUCUGCUAUAGAGCUGCACGGUGGAAUUAGUUUUCUUUUCACUGAGGUUUCUAAUGUUUACAUAAGUAGAAGAACCGAUGUUGAUCAUGCCUUGAAUGUGGAGAUUUAUUUAUAAAUCCUGAGAUGGAAGGGGGCAUUGAAAAGCUGAGCAGCAAGUCUUAUACAUAACUUUCAUGCAGUUUGAUUCAAAACCAUCUGUUGAAGCUAACUGGAUUAGUAGGACUGUGAAGAGGAUCCGAACUGCAGAUGCUAUUUAUCGAUCUGAGUCCACAUGUUACAACUACAAACGCUCCUCUUUCUUGCCCUGCUAUUUUAUAUAGUUAACAUCAAGUGCCAGUGUUGGAUAAUUUAUUUAUUACAAAAACUUGUCUUUGAGAAUGUAAAGAUCAAAAUAACUUUGUAUGAUUAGAUCUGUACUUGUGAACCUGAAAAGGUACAGUAGCAGUGACCUUCCAGUGUGGUUAGUUUUGGCUUGUGAACCUUUAAAAUUAAUUCAAACUCAUCACUGCCUCAACAUACUGAUAAAACAACUUUAUUUAUUUAUUAAUUUAUUUAAGAGGAGGCUAUAAAGGUGGAAAUUUUUCAUAUCAAUAUUACAAAAAAUGAGAGAUGAGAAAAGCUAAGCAAAAUAGUUACUCAAGCAAGAGUCAGUGGCUGCAGUAAGAGGGCUACGGGGGGCUAAAUUUAGUCGCUAAAUUAAAAAAAAAUUUAAGAAAAAAAAAGACUUUCCUUCUCAAUGACAGGGGUCACAAAACCAUGCUGUGAUUCCUGUGGCUGUGUUUGAGAGGAACUGGAUUAGAUUCAGUCUUGCAGGUAUAAACCACAGUUAAAACCACACCUGCAGUGAUGCUACGUGUCAUUUCCACUUUUCUUAGAAAUGAAAUGGCACUACUAAAUGAAGCGAUAUAAGCUCAGGAAGGAAGUGAUUGUACCCCUUAUAGAAAUAAGGCAUCUGCACAAAGCAUUUUAAGCUGCUUUACACUGAGCCAGGUGAUGUAAAUGUGCUGUAAAUUGACACUUCAAAUCAGUCAUUUACAUUAAGUCCUUAUUAUCUAAUCUUCGGGCACACGUGCAUUUAAUAAUUAAAGCUCUAUUUUUUUAAUCAUUUGCUUUAGAAGUCUAGAUCACUCUCCUUAUCCCUACUAAAAAAAGGCAGUUUCAUUCAGAAAACAUGAAAAAUAUCUUGCAUUGAGGAGCUUUGAUAUAACUUACCAAUCUCCUCUGUGCUAGCACACAGAUGAUUAAGUCCAACUGGGAAAAGACAAAAAUAAAAAAGUGAAGCAGUUAAUGCUAAGCAAAUAUUGUCAUAAAGGCAAACUGUUUGCAUUUCAUUUAACUCACAAGGGCAGCAUCAGUUUGAGGCAGCAGGAGCAAAUCUUGCUCAUGCGUUACUGGGAAUGUGACGAUAAGCAAAUUGUGUGUUUUCGUUGGGGCAAGGGUAAAGGUUUUGAAUUUCAUAUAAAGGUUUUUCUGCAAAGUCACAGCCUCUGCUCAACAUCACUACAUAAACGAAUGUCGCACUGGUAUUUUAAUUCAGUUCAAAUUUGUUUUAUUUGUACAGUGUCGAUUCACAUCAAAGUCAUCUCAAGGCAUUUUUACAGACAUAUUUAAUUUAAACCAAGUCAUCGUGAUCCAAUUAAAACAAAUCUUCUUUGGUCCAGUUUGUAAUAACGGUGUUCAUACAAGUCAAUUCAUGAAAAAUAACAGCCAAUCUAAAGAAAACCAACAGAUUGCAUUGAUUUUAUUUUCCUGUUUAGUGCUGCUGGUGUUCAACAAGCUUCAUCUCCCUGUGUUUCCUGUUGUCCUAUGUGCCAACUCUGACCAACUUCAAGGGCUAAAACACAGGAGUGUGCCAACCUUUUAGUACAUUCCAAUGGAGACAUCUAUACUGUAACUGCACUGUAACGUUGUAUUAUCGUCUUUGUUGACUGUAAAAAAAGUACUGUAAGUGUCCAGCUGUCUGCAAGCUAUCGAUUGAUGUCUAACUGUUGCCUUAUUUUACAGUUUUUAUGGUGAGACAGAAAAUAACAAGUUGGUCUGAUUCAACAUUCCUGCCUGUCAUUCCGAAGUAGCCGUCUGUCGGUGUGAUAUCUUGUUACUAAUCAGGAAAAACAUCUACUGUGGGCAAGCUGAUGUUCUACUUUACAGAGGCAUUUCUUUAGUUCAACAAAACUACAACUGAUAUUGCUAUUAAACAUGAUGCAAUCUGUAUGUAUGGUGAAUUAUUUUGUUAAUAAAGGCAAUGCUUAUAUUGUUAAA